GAGUGUCCUACAAGAGUGUCCCAGAAGAGUGUCCUACAAGAGUGUCCUAUAGGAGCGUCCGACAAGAGAGUGUCCCAGAAGAGUCUCCUACAAGAGUGUUCCACAAGAGUGUCCCACAAGAGUGUCCCAUAAGAGUGACCCACAAGAGUGUCCCACAAGAACGUCCCACAAGAGUGUCCUACAAGAGUGUCAUUUGGACAUAUGUAGCUUUUCGAACGUGUUUGCAUUCGGGUUCGUGGGCUCCAUCUUGUUUUUUUGUUUUUCUUCUGGAGGUUCGAGAGGUUGGCUGAGUUGGAAGCAAGAAGUAAAAGCCAGCAAACAAUAUGACAUAAAACUAGCUUGCCCAAACCAUUUUCAUAUCCUACAAAUGUUUUUUGCUGGCAAAACUUGUUGGUGCGCUGAACAGUUUUUGAGUCUGAUUCUUUCGUGACAUGUCUUCAGUUGUCUUGAAACGGUUGGUGUUGAGGUACACCCAAAGUUCGCUGUCAAACCAGGCAUCAAUACAUUCAGAUUGCCCAAACGGUUCAAAAGUAAAGUUGCACUUGUGUUCUUUCUGUGGUGUUUGCUGCGUUUAAGACGGGUUUUAUGUCACAGCCAUGGUUGAGUGUGCAACAGAUCCCGGCCAUAUAGAGGGGAGUGAUGCGGAGAUUGCAUCGGUCGUGGUGCAAUGGCAAGGGAGUGAUGGGACGUCCACGUUUUCCACAAUUGAGCUGGAUGAAGAAAGUAAAUGCUCAACCUUAGCUUGCUUCAAGGUGCUUUGUGCCAAAGCACUUGGAGUUGAGCUAGUUCAGCUGCCAGAUUUCAACGAGGAUAUGGACGAGACUCCAAUCGCGGAGCUGGGAAUCGGCUUCACGGAUGUUCCGAUUUUGCUGGAUUUGGGGACCUCCGAGGUGACAGAACACCGUUUACAUGCCGAAAUCGUGGAUACAGACGGACUGGAGAAAGCCAAAGCAAAGGUCAGCCCAAAAGCGGAUUCCAAGCCUUCUUUUUCUGCUCGCAAGGCUUUAGAAGAUGCAUCAGAGAUCAAAGAUGGCUGGCUCUUUCUCAGUGGACAGUUGGCCGCAACAAAUCUGGAGUGCCUACAACGUCUGGGCAUCACGCAUGUGCUCAACUGUUGCGAACGGAUUCCAUGCAAAUUCAAAUCGAGGUUGACCUACCGGACGAUCGCCGUUCUGGACACGAAAGCCUCGGACAUCAGAGCUCACAUUCCUGAAGCUUUGGCCUUCAUUGAUGAGGCUCAAACCACGAACGGCAAAGUUCUCGUUCAUUGUAUGGUGGGCGCCUCACGGAGUGUGUCCCUGGUCCUGGCAUGGCUGGUGGCACGUUGUAGCAUGUCUUUGAAAGAGGCAUUUUUGCUGGUGCGGAAGGCCAGACACCAAGCUCGGCCAAAUCGCAGCUUCUGCGAACAACUCAUGUUGUUUGAGACUGAGACUCGAGGAAGCUCCAGCACCACGUUAGCGGAUUUCUUUCACACAUGAAACUUCAAAGCUAAGAAGCCAAAGUUCAGCUGCGAGUCAAAGGGUUGACCUUUUGUUUUGCUUUACAGUUGUCAUUGAUGC